AUGUCGCAGCACGAGGCCACCUCGCCCCGCGCUGCUCGCGUGAGCGACAAUGCAGCUCCCUCUAGCCCUACAAGCGGAGGUGUUGCCUCAUACCAGUCGGCCAACAGCUUGCAGCCGCUGCCUGCUAUGCCUACAGCUAGCAUCGGCGCCUUCAUUCCUGCCGCAACCUCCCCCAUCGUGGGCAACUCCGAAAAGAAGAUGGCUCUGGAGCUUGAAGACGGCACUGUCUAUCAAGGAUACAGCUUCGGUGCCGAGAAGAGUGUUGCCGGUGAAUUAGUCUUCCAAACCGGAAUGGUGGGCUAUCCCGAGUCCGUCACUGACCCAUCCUAUCGGGGACAGAUCCUCGUGAUCACCUUCCCCUUGGUGGGCAACUACGGUGUGCCUUCACGGGAGACAAUGGAUGAAGUGUUGAAAGAGCUUCCCAAGCACUUCGAGUCUUCGCAAAUUCACAUUGCGGCCUUAGUCGUAGCUAGCUAUUGCGGCGAAGACUACUCCCACUUCUUAGCUCAGUCUUCCCUCGGUCAAUGGCUCAAGGAACAGAAUGUCCCUGCUGUCUAUGGUGUCGAUACCCGAUCCUUGACCAAGCGAAUCCGAGAGGAGGGUAGCAUGCUCGGUCGUCUGUUACUCGAGUCUUCUCAAGUUCCCAAUGGCACUGAAAUCACCUCCUCAGCCGAGUGGAAACAGCAUUUUGAGCAAAUCGAGUGGGUUGACCCCAACAAGAAGAAUCUCGUUGCUGAAGUGUCCAUCCGAGAGCCCCGACUCUUUACUCCUCCAGAAGCCGUUGCGUUGAAACAUCCCUCCGGUCGUCCAGUCCGUGUCUUGUGCUUGGAUGUCGGUAUGAAAUACAACCAACUUCGAUGCCUAUUGUCACGUGGCGUUGAAGUCUUGGUCAUCCCUUGGGAUUACGAUUUCCACACCCUCGCUGGAAACGAAUAUGACGGUCUCUUCCUCUCCAACGGUCCCGGUGACCCAGCCACGAUCGCCGCUGCUGUGCAGAAUAUUGCCAAGACUGUGCAAGAGGGCAAAAUUCCUAUCUUCGGUAUCUGUUUAGGACACCAACUGCUCGCCCGGGCUGUCGGAGCCAACACUAUCAAGAUGAAGUUUGGUAACCGAGGCCACAAUAUCCCUUGUACCAGCAUGAUCUCUGGAAAGUGCCACAUCACUUCCCAGAAUCACGGAUUCGCGGUUGAUGCAACCACCCUUCCAGAGGGCUGGGAAGAACUCUUCGUCAACGCCAAUGACGGCAGUAACGAAGGUAUCCGCCAUGUUAGCCGUCCUUAUUUCAGUGUUCAAUUCCACCCUGAAAGUACACCUGGUCCUCGUGAUACAGAAUACCUUUUUGAUGUCUUCAUCAACACGAUCAAGUCUGUUAUGGCUUCAUCUGAAGCUUUGACCAAACCCGUUUCUUUCCCCGGUGGAACCAUUGAAGAAAACACACAGAAGGCGCCGCGCGUAUCCGUCAAAAAAGUCCUCGUCUUGGGCAGUGGUGGUUUGAGUAUCGGUCAGGCUGGUGAAUUCGACUACUCUGGUAGUCAAGCCAUCAAGGCGUUGAAACAAGAAGGAAUCUACACCAUUCUUAUCAACCCCAACAUCGCCACAAUUCAGACUUCAAAGGGUCUUGCCGACAAAGUCUAUUUCCUUCCUGUGAAUGCCGACUUUGUGCGCAAGGUCAUCAAGCACGAGCGACCAGAUGCCAUCUACGUCACAUUCGGUGGUCAAACGGCCUUGCAGGUCGGUAUUCAAUUGAAAGACGAGUUCGAAGCACUCGGCGUAAAAGUGCUCGGAACACCUAUUGAAACUAUCAUCACCACAGAAGACCGAGAGUUGUUCGCACGAAGCAUGGAAUCAAUUGGCGAGAAGUGCGCCAAGUCUGCUUCUGCCUCCAACAUUGAUGAGGCCAUGCGAGUCGUUCAGGACAUUGGUUUCCCUGUCAUUGUCCGCGCGGCGUACGCUCUUGGUGGUCUUGGUAGCGGUUUCGCCGAUGAUCCUAAGCAGUUACGAGAGCUUUGUACCAAGGCUUUUGCCGCCAGUCCCCAAGUUCUCAUUGAGCGAAGCAUGAAAGGCUGGAAGGAAAUCGAAUACGAAGUCGUCCGAGACGCUCAAGACAACUGUAUCACUGUCUGUAACAUGGAGAACUUUGAUCCUCUUGGCAUUCACACUGGCGACUCCAUAGUCGUUGCUCCUUCUCAAACCCUCUCGGAUGAGGACUAUAACAUGUUGCGAACGACUGCCGUCAAUGUCAUCCGUCACUUGGGAGUUGUCGGUGAAUGUAACAUUCAAUAUGCCCUCAACCCAUUCUCCAAAGAGUACUGCAUCAUUGAAGUGAACGCGCGUCUAUCGCGUUCUUCCGCUCUUGCUUCCAAGGCAACCGGUUAUCCUCUUGCCUUUAUUGCAGCCAAGCUUGGUCUCGGAAUCCCAUUGAAUGAGAUUAAAAACUCAGUCACCAAGGUCACCUGUGCCUGCUUUGAGCCCUCGCUCGAUUACGUUGUUGUCAAGAUUCCUCGCUGGGAUUUGAAGAAGUUUACUCGUGUUUCUAACCAGCUCGGUUCAUCCAUGAAGAGUGUGGGCGAAGUCAUGAGCAUUGGUCGGACUUUCGAGGAAGCUAUUCAAAAGGCCAUUCGCUCCGUCGACUACCACAACUUGGGAUUCAAUGAAACCAAUGCGUUGAUGUCGAUCGACACCGAGCUCCAGACGCCUUCUGAUCAACGUCUUUUCGCCAUCGCCAACGCCAUGCAUAGCGGUUACUCUGUUGAUGACAUUUGGAAGUUGACUCGUAUUGACAAGUGGUUCUUGCGCAAACUUAAGGGUCUCAGUGACUUUGGCAAACAUCUUUCCGCCAAGUACAAUGCUACCAAUGUUCCUGUCAAUCUCAUUCGCCAGGCCAAGCAACUUGGUUUCGCUGAUCGUCAGCUUGCCAAGUUCUUGAGCUCUAACGAAUUGGCCAUUAGGCGUAUGCGUGUGGAGGCCGGUAUCAUUCCAGUUGUGAAACAAAUCGACACCGUCGCCGCAGAGUUCCCAGCCUACACCAACUACCUCUAUCUGACUUAUAAUGGCUCGGAGCAUGACAUUUCUUUCAAUGACCAUGGUGUCAUGGUUCUUGGAUCCGGUGUUUACCGAAUCGGUUCUUCCGUGGAAUUCGAUUGGUGCUCAGUCAGGACCAUCCGUACACUCCGUGAACAAGGCCAUAAGACAGUCAUGGUUAACUACAACCCAGAAACCGUCAGCACUGACUACGACGAGGCCGACAGGCUCUACUUCGAGAACAUCAAUCUCGAGACUGUUUUGGAUAUUUACCAGCUCGAGUCAUCCAGCGGUGUUAUCAUGUCCAUGGGUGGGCAGACUCCCAACAACAUCGCGUUGCCAUUGCACCGUCUCAAUGUCAAGAUCUUGGGAACCUCUCCUGAGAUGAUUGAUAGCGCCGAAAAUCGAUACAAAUUCUCCCGAAUGCUCGACCGCAUUGGAGUGGACCAGCCCGCUUGGAAGGAGCUGACCAGUAUCGAAGAGGCCACUGCUUUCUGUGACAAAGUUAAAUACCCAGUGCUCGUUCGACCUUCUUACGUUCUUUCAGGAGCUGCUAUGAACACUGUCUACUCCCAGGACGAUUUGGCAACCUAUCUGCAACAGGCAGCAGACGUUUCACGUGAGCAUCCAGUUGUCAUUACCAAGUACAUCGAAAAUGCCAAGGAAAUCGAAAUGGACGCAGUUGCCCGCAAUGGUGUCAUGGUCGGCCACUUUAUCUCUGAGCACGUCGAGAACGCCGGUGUUCACUCUGGUGAUGCCACUCUUAUCCUACCUCCUCAGGAUUUGGAUCCCGAGACUGUCAGGCGUAUCGAGGAUGCUACACGAAAGAUCGGAAAUGCGCUCAACGUCACUGGUCCUUACAACAUCCAGUUCAUUGCUAAAGACAAUGAUAUCAAGGUCAUUGAAUGCAACGUUCGUGCUUCUCGUUCAUUCCCAUUCGUUUCCAAGGUUAUGGGCGUCGACUUGAUUGAAAUGGCAACCAAAGCCAUGUUGGGUAUACCAUUCCAGGAGUAUCCCCGUGUCAGUAUUCCUAAAGACUACGUCGGUGUCAAGGUGCCACAAUUCUCCUUCUCCCGUCUCUCCGGUGCAGACCCUGUUCUAGGUGUUGAGAUGGCUUCUACUGGUGAAGUCGCCUCUUUCGGUCGUAACCGAGCUGAAGCUUAUCUCAAAGCUUUGAUCUCCACUGGCUUCCGUCUCCCCAAGAAGAACAUCUUGCUCUCUAUCGGUUCCUACAAGGAGAAGCUGGAGAUGCUUCCGUCUAUUCAGAAGCUGCAUAAGAUGGGUUACAACCUGUUUGCCACCGCCGGUACCGCUGACUAUAUCAAGGAGCACGGCAUCCCCGUCAAGUAUUUGGAAGUUCUCAAUGGAGAGGAAGAAGAUCUCAAGUCCGAAUACUCCCUUACACAGCAUCUUGCCAACAACUUGAUUGACCUGUACAUCAACUUGCCAUCCAGCAACAGAUACCGUCGUCCUGCAAACUACAUGAGUAAGGGUUACAGGACCAGACGUAUGGCGGUUGAUUACCAAACUCCUCUGGUUACCAAUGUCAAGAAUGCAAAGAUCCUGAUUGAGGCACUUGCUCAACAGUUUGAACUCGAGGUUCUUACCAUUGACCAUCAAACCAGCCACCGUACAAUGGUGCUACCCGGUCUCAUCAACAUCGCCUCUUUCGUUCCGGGAUUGGUCACUUCGGGUUCAAAAGACUUUGAACAGGUGACCAAGGCCUCGGUUGCUGCAGGUUUUACCAUGAUUCGUGUCCUGCCCGUCGGCGUGGAUGCCUCUGUGACAGAUGCCGUUGCUUUGAAGGCAGCCCAACAAAACUCCAAGACUGGAUCUUACUGUGACUUCAACCUUUCUGUUGCCGCCACAGCUACCAACGCAGAACAGAUUGGUCAAGUCACUGGAGAAGUCGGAGCUCUUUUCAUUCCUUUCAACCACCUUUCCGGCAACAUUAACAAGGUUGCUGCCGUCACCAGCCAUUUUGGAGCCUGGCCCGCCACUAAACCCAUGAUUACUGAUGCCAAAGCCACCGAUCUUGCGUCAAUCCUUCUUUUGGCAAGCUUGCAUAACCGCAACGUUCACGUCGUGAACGUCUCUUCGAAGGAAGACAUCAACUUGAUUGCUUUGAGUAAGGAGAAGGGACUCAAGGUUACCUGCGAUGUUUCCAUCUACAGUCUCUUCCUCACACAGGAAGACUUCCCAGACUGCACUGUCUUGCCAACUGUUGAGGAUCAAAAUUCCCUCUGGGAACAUUUGAGCACCAUCGAUGUCUUCUCCAUUGGCACCAUUCCUUAUCAGCUUGCUGGAAAAGACGCUAGCCCUACUGUGGGUAUAGCCGAUGCACUGCCUUUGUUGCUCACUGCAGCUUCUCAAAACAAGCUGACCCUUGACGAUAUCACUACUCGUCUCCACGACAAUCCCAAGAGGAUCUUUGAGCUGCAUGACCAGCAAGACGCUUUUGUCGAGGUCGAGAUUGAUCGUCCAUAUGUCUUCAACAGUGGCAAUGUCUGGUCGCCAUUCAAUGGCAAGCCAAUGAAGGGUUCCGUCCAUCGUGUGGUCUUCCAGAACAAGACAUCUUGUCUUGAUGGCGAGAUUCAAAUUGAGGCCGCACAAGGUACAGAUAUGUCAACUCAUCGCAUUGUGCCACAGUCACCUUCAGUCAAGGCUUUCUCUCCACGAGUGCAGCCCAAGUUUGACGCUAUUGAGCGUCGCUUCUCGAGCAGCACUCCUGUGCGACCCUUCCGUUCAAAGGCGGCUGAUGCUGUUCCCAAUGUUCCUGAGCUAGGACCCCCGCUCUUCACUCCUUCUUCCCAGACAUCAACCUCUCUGCUUGAGCUUCUUUCACGCUCAAACUUCAAGCAGAAGCAUGUUAUCUCUGUCAACCAAUUCACCCGUUCAGAUCUUCACCUUCUCUUCACGGUUGCUCAGGAGAUGCGCAUUGGAGUUGAGAGACAGGGCGUCCUUGAUAUUCUCAAGGGCCGUGUUUUGUGCACAUUGUUCUACGAGCCUUCCACACGCACUUCGGCUUCUUUCGACGCAGCCAUGCAGCGUCUCGGAGGUCGUACUGUCGUGAUCUCUACUGAGCACUCUUCUACAAAGAAGGGUGAGACACUUCAAGACACCAUCCGCACCUUGGGUUGCUACGGAGAUGCAGUCGUUCUCCGUCACCCUGAUGAGAAGAGUGCUCACACUGCCGCCAAAUUCUCUACUGUGCCUAUCAUCAACGGUGGGAACGGUUCCCUUGAACACCCCACUCAGGCGUUCCUUGACCUUUUCACCAUCCGGGAAGAACUUGGUACUGUCACUGGCUUGACCAUUACCUUUGUUGGUGAUUUGAGAUACGGCCGCACCGUGCAUUCCUUGAUCAAGUUGCUCCAAUUCUACGAUGUCCGCGUUCAAUUGGUUGCUCCCAAGGCUCUUUCAUUGCCGGAAGAUGUACGCAAGUUGGUGGUCUCUUCUGGCCAGUUGGUCCGUGAAUCUGAGGAGCUCACUCCGGAGAUAAUCUCUCGCUCUGAUGUUCUCUAUUGCACUCGCGUGCAGAAAGAACGUUUCGCCGAUUUGGCGGAAUACGAAAGACUCAAGGACAGCUUCGUUGUUGACAACUCGGUCUUGAAACACGCAAAGAGCCAUAUGGUUGUUAUGCACCCAUUGCCCAGGAAUGCCGAGAUUGGGGAGGAGGUUGACUUUGACCAGAGAGCAGCCUACUUUAGACAGAUGCGUUAUGGUCUUUACUGCCGCAUGGCAUUGUUGGCUCUCAUUCUGGCGCCUUAA